UCAUGAAGGAUUCAAAUUAGAAUUAUAUAUUAGAAGUAAUAAAUCAUAAAUAUUGGAAGAAAGACCUUAAUUGUGAGUAAAUUGAACAAUUUGUAUAAAUUAGAAACAACAACAUUAUAGAUAAUAAUUAUUCAUCAAAAUUUAUUGAUUUUACUCAUUAACAAGAUUGUAAAAAGAUAUAAAAGUAGAAUGUCUAAACUAAACAAAUUAAUGAAUAUUAAUAAUUGCAAGAGAUUUAGAAUCCAAAUUAAUUAGAAAGGAAAACAUCUUAAAAGUAAUCUAAAGAGAGCAAGUCUUAAAAUUAAUUAAAUGAGGAAAUUAAAAAUUUUGAAGAAAGAAUUGUGAAAUAUACAUCUGAAGUUAAUCAAGAAAUAAAAAUGAUUCCUAAGCUUUCAGAGGAAUGGAAGAAGAAGUUCACCUUCAUAAAAAAAAAGAAAUGAAUUCAAUAUAAGUGAAUAGAUUAUAAAAUUCACACUCCCUC